UCAAAGUUUCUAAGUUUAUAGAGACAUUAGCUCAUAAUAUUUAUACCCAAUUCUAAUAUAUGUCGGUUCAAUUGUAGAAAGGCAGACUCACCCAUGAAAAUCAAGGGUUUAUUUCCACCAAUUAAGGUCAUAAUCACUUAAUAGUUAUGCAUGCUACAAUGAAUGAAAAGUGUGAUACCAUCCCAACUCCCGCUUUGAUCGAUCAAGAAGGUAACUACGUUUUACCCACUCAAAUGAAUAGAAAUAAUCGAAAGAGGAUAGAGAGAUACCUUCUAUGGUAGAUGACUACUUUGUUAAUCCUACUCGCCUACUUCCCUUCUUCUUAGGAGACCUCAAGCGAUUAUGAAAAUGGAGCAGUGGUGAUGGAGAUUAUCUACAUACCACUAGGGCUGCAAAUGAGCCGAGUCGAGUCGAGUUUUUGCUUAGCUUGAGCUCGGCUCGUUUAUUAAUUUUUCAGCUCGAGCUCGGCUCGAACUCGAAUUUUGAUAAUCCAGCUCGAGCUCGAGCUCGGCUUGAAUAAAAAUAAUCUAGCUCGAGCUCGACUCGGUAGAGCUCGAUAAAUGCUCAUUAACAUAGCUUGUUAAGCUGAGUACAAGCUCGGCUCAAGAUGAGCUCGAUUUAAAAUCAUUUUUGCUGGAAAAAUGUAUAAACAUAAGAAUUUAAAUGAUAGAAAGAACACUAGAAACUAGAAAUAACAUCUAAAUUUCAUACACAUCUGUAUUAUAAGACAAUGUUCAUGUUUAAAAGAGUAAUUCAUCCUUCCACAAGCUCAAAACAAGGCAGCUCGCUAGCUUAGCUCGACAAGCCACCGAAUCAAGCUAGCUCGCGAGCUUAUCAAGCUGAGCAUGGUCUAGCUCAGGCUUGGCUCGUUAACUAACGAGUUGGCUCGCGAGCCGGCUUGUUAAAUAAAGAGUCGAGUGUCGAACGAGUUUUUUCCGAUUCGAACGCCGAGUUGCUCGCAAGCGGCUUGGCUCAUUUGCAGCCCUACAUACCACUACUUUCUCUUUCUCAAGAAAAUGGCAGAGAAAAGGAGGUUGCUUUUGGUAUUCAUUCCCCUCUCUCCCAACUAUUUAAUUGCUCUGCUAUGGAUGAGGUAUUACACGUGGGGUUAUUUGAGUGGGGUUGGGAACUAGCUAGUUCUACGUGCAAGGGAGAAAUGGUACAAUGAGAUUUCACUGAAAUGAAAUGUUGUCCUCCAAAAGCUCCCCUUCUCAAGCAACACUACACGUGUGUUGUUAGGUGGAAAAAAGCCCUUUAAAAUCACACCUGUCAAUUUGAAAAUGAGAAAAAAUGGCACGGUUGUGUCGGAAAAAAUCCUAAAAUACACAGUUAUAAUUUUUUUUUCCAAAAUACACAUGUUUGGGCCUCACCGCUGUUGUCAACCGCAGUGAUUGCAUUUACCGCGCCAGACCAAAGCGGUGAAUGCAUCACCGCGGUUGACGGCCGCGGUGAAUGUCUGACGUAACACUAAAACUUCAAACAAACGUAACUUUGCGCUCGGUUAUCCGAUUGUAGCAAAUUUUUUUUUGAUUCCACAUAACUUUCAAGAUAUUUCAAUCUUCAACAAGCCUUCAUCCCAAAAAAAAUUCGUUUGCUACCCCGAACAAGCAAUUUUUUGGUUUUGACAAACUUUGGAAGACCAUAACUUUGUGCUCCACAAUCCGAAUGUCAUGAAACUUUUUUUGAUUUCGCAUAACUUUUGAAGUACUACAACUUUUAUUAUAACCAUAAUUUUGGAAAGUAUGUGGAUUUGUGAAAAGUAAAGGCAAAGUUAUUGCCAAAAUCUCGUAUACCCAAAAAUAUUUCUUUUUUUUUUUAAAUUCUUUCCUAGUAAAAGUUGUAGUUCUUAAAAAUUUAUAUGCAAUUAAAAAAAAAACUUUACGACGUUCGGAUUGAGGAGCUAAAAGUUAUGGUCUUCCAAAGUUUGGAAAAAUCAAAAAAUUGCUCGUUCGGGGUAAUCAACGACAUUUUUUUGAGAUUAAGUCUUUCUUAUGAUUGAAAGAUCUUGAAAAGUUACGUUUGUUUGAAGUUUCAGUGUUACGUCAGGCAUUCACCGCGGCCGUCAACCGCGAUGAUGCAUUCACCGCUUUGGUCUGCCGCGGUGAAUGCAAUCACUGCGGUUGACAACAGCGGUGAUGCACAAACAUGUGUAUUUUGGGAAUUUUUUUUAUAACGUGUGUAUUUUGAGAAUUUUUUUUUAAAUAUAUGUAUUAUGGGAUUUCAUCCGGUUGUGUCUGACGUGUUUGAUAUGGAAAGGGAUUGAGAAUGGAUUUAUUUAGUGGUAUCCGUGAGAACAAGAAACAGUGUUGUCUCCCUUUCUUUCUCAUUUUGUUUUAAGGGGGAAAUUGAGGCAAGUAUAAGGAACUAAAGAAUUACUAAUUAAUGGUGGCAUAUGGCAUGUAUAGAAGAGACGAGGAUGUUACACAUAUGACCGUCGGUCUGUCCACAGUUCGGAGGAAGAGGACUCUGAAGCUGAAAGAGAUCAAGAUUUUCGGGUGGACCGAGAUAUGGAAAUGCCCACAUUCGCUAUUUCUCAGAAAUUCGGUUCAUUUGAUGUGUUGAGGGAUGCACUAAAGCAAUACUCUUUCGUGACUAAGCGAGCAAUUUUCUUCAAAAGGAAUGAUAGUAAGAGGCUGCAAGUCAAGUGCGAGGGAGAAUGUUGAUUCUGGAGACGCAGCAGCUCUACGACUGUCAGAUGCAGUUUCAGCAGCAGCAUUCGGCUCACCAUGCCGAGUAUCAGCACAGGAUGGCUGCGUAUGAUGAGCGCCUCGGUAGGCUGGAGACCCAGCAGGGGGUAACCUUGGCUCGGAUCGAGAGGGAGCAGGCCCGUUCUAGGCGCAUGCAGGAGGUACAGGGGCAUCUGCUCCAGCUGCUACCGGGCGAGCAGCCAGUUUGGAGGACUCCCUGGGAGGACUCCCCACUUCCACCUCCACCCGCUGAUGACGAUGAUGCAUUCAUGAAUGACAUCGAUCUGGACAACCUCGGCGACGAGUAGGCUGUACUUGUCGCCCCCUUAGUGUGUGUUUUUUAUUUAGACUUUUUUCUGUUUGCUCCAUGUGUUUGAGGAGCUUGAACUGAGUUUGUCGUGUGUUUUGUUUCUUUUGUGGCCAUCUGGGCCAACUCUCAUCCCUAACGAACAUUUGCUAGUGUGUUCUUGAUGUUCCCUUAGUGCAGAACUGUCCGUUCGUUCCAUAUGUCCCACGCUGACUGGUCCACUUCCAGUCUCCCGCAUCAUUUCAAUCCGGUAAUAUCGUUCCCCUUCUCUAUCCCUUUGCUCCAUUGAGGGCAAUGUCGUGCUUAAGUGUGUGUGUGUGGGGGGGGGGUGUUUUGUAUCGGUUGGAAUGUAUAUACGUGUGCUUGGAGCCUAGUCCACUGUCCAAAUCUCGAGAUUUGAGGGCUCCAAGUACGGCUGUUUGAUCAUAUUGGCACUGUGUUUUGAUUGGUGAAUUGAAUGGUUUUUGGAUUGAUGCAUGACAACUGGAUAGUGACUAGGACAACCUAUUAUGAUAACUGAGAUGUGUAGUAGAGUUGUGUAGGGUUCAGUCUUUCAACUGUUUGCUUACCAACUGUGACUUGGAUUGAUUACUUGUUUUUGACAGUCUCUUAUGCAUCUAGUUCAGGGAAUCAGAAUGAGAGAUAGAGCAUAUAGGUAGCCAUGUGAGAUUUGAGCCUGCUCGUUUCUUUCUUGUGUGAUAGUUCCCUCUUCCAUGAUGUGUAGCAUUCACGUUGUCAUUAGCGAAGAUGAUAGAGGCAUAGGAUGAGCCCACGACCAAAUUGACUGUCCUGGUGUGUCAUACCCCCUAGUCAGCCCCGUUGAGCCGUGUGUUAUCCUUUCUUUCGGUCUUCAAUGAAAAGUCACCCUUUUGCAUCUUUUAGAAGGUUCCACAGAGUGAUUUUUACAUGUUCUUUGCUGUUUCUGCUAAAUGUAAUGUGAGAGUUGGAGGUAGUUCUUAAAAGUUGGGUAGGUGUUUGAAAAUGUACAGAGGUGGUGGUUCUCUUAAGAAAUGGAAAAAAAAUGAAAGAAAAAUAAAGAAAAACUGAAAGCAAAAGAGAGCCACCACCAAAAAUAUGAAUAGUGCCCAUGAAGUAGUGUUUCUUAGCAGUCUGGCUUAGAAAUACUGGUAUUUAUGUGACCUCCUUCGCUCUUGUGCUUUGAAUUUGAGUAAUGCAGAAUAGCAGAAAGAAAGUACUGGUUUGAUUGACUGUGAGUUUGUUGGGUUUGGAAUUGUGGAACCUUGUGCUAUGAAUACUUCCACCACCUAAAAGGCCUUUUUCCCAUGUCCAAGACCCUAGACAGUCACUUGAACCUGUGUCUAAGACCUCCUGAUUAGUUAGUGAUGAAAACCAUUUAUGUGAACUCUAACCUUUAGAGGCUGUCGUCAUGGUGAAGAGAUGUUAGGAAUUGAGAGAAUUAGUAUGCGCAUUUUUCGCAUCAAAUUGUCCUGACCCCACUGGUCGAGAGUGAGCGAUUCAUUUCCUUGUUCUUUACACUCUUUACCCGGUGAGGACCUAGACGGCUCGGUCUUGAUUCUGAUGUCUUGAGUUUUAUGCAUGAGUUGAGUGUCUUGAGUAAGUGGUUGAGUCAAGUCUAGGUUGGUUGAUGAACAGAAGGGAGACUCCUCCUUUACUCGAUUUUACUGCACUCGAAUGUCUUCUGUGGUGGUUAUCCAGGUUGCUAUUAAGGUUGUUCAUGUGUUGAUGUUUGAAAACCAGUAUGAUUCACGUGUUCUGUGCCUAUAUGAUUUGUCCCCAAUGUUGGUAUGAUUGAAAUAUGUGAGCUCACCUUGUGUCUGACUUGGUUUGCUUGGGGACAAGCAAACGGUUAAGUGUGGGGGAGUUUGAUAAGCCGUUAAUUGCACAUGUUUUUACCCCUAUUCUGGAGUCGUUUGAGGUGUUGAUUCUCGUGUUUUAGGCUGAUUUCACGCUAGGUUGUGUUUGUUUGUGAUAUUUCAGGUCCUAGCAGGUGAAUGAAGGUUUAGGAGCGAGUUCGGGGUCGAUUGGACAAAGAUCGGGCGCGAGGCAAGUCGAAAAGGAAGCCACACAGGCACACCCACAACUCACACGGCCGUGCAAGUGACCUAUUUGGCCGUGUGGGAUUGUGCGAGCCUUCACACGGCUUGCCCUGAAAUCCACACGGCCGUGUGAAGUUGCUGUUUGGCCGUGUGGAAUUCUGCGAGGCUUCACACGGCCAGGCAGGGUGAGCCACACGGCCGUGCGACCCUGGCCGUGUAGGAAGCCUGAAGUGCAAUUAAUCGGAAACCGACGUUUUGAAGUCACACGGGCAACUAGGUAUGCCACACGGCCGUGUGGCCCUGCCCGUGUGAGUAGGGAAUUCCUGGUUUUGACCCAAUUUCGGGCUGCAAGUGAGAGAAUCAGACUUUUUGAGCAAAAACAGAGCCCUAGAGAGAGAAAGGACGAAGAACACAUCCUAGAAGCUAUCUUGGAGCUGGGUUUCAUCAAAUCAAGCUUGGAGAUCGUCAUAGGAGUGGAAAUCAUCAUCCCACAGCAGAUUCUUCCCAUUGUAAUGAGUAUGACUGCUUUGUAUCUUGUUUUCCUCUCUCUCUCUUUCUAUGGAGUAGAACCCCUCUCUCACUUGGGGAUGAAGAACCCUAGUUCUAUGUGUUAGGGAUUUGAUUGUAAUGACUUGGCAUGAUAUUACUGUUUGAUUUUAAUCGAAUGAUGCAUGUUUAUUGAGUCAAUUGAAGUCUGAUCAAUUUUUCCUGAUUUCUGCUGCAAUCUGAGAUAGAUAGAAUCUGAUUAGGUUGCUAGAGUCUCAUCAUUCGGUAGUAGGAGAUUGGCUAUACGAGAGUUAGCCAGUUUACUGCUUUGUACUGGAAUCCAAUUCCAGUAGUGGAGUUCUGUUCUUAUUGCUUCAGCUUUCUAUCCCGGUGAAGACUAGUCGUCUGCCGGGUAGUUAGACUGAGAGGGCUUGGUCAGCUUAAGAGAUUCCAAGCUACUGUCGGAUCUUCCGCAGUCUAAUCAACAGUAAAUCAACCCAGGGAAAUACAAUUGAAACCUAACUAAGGAGCUAGGGGGACUCAUUCCCAAGUGACUCUUACCUGCUUGAGAAAACCGUACCAAUUCCUGCUUUCUUUCUGCUUUUGCUUUUAAACAACAAACUGAUACGCUAAAACACAACACCUAACAAUGGCCAAGUGUAACCAAUGAAAGGGAUUGCAGUAUAGUGGCAAAAGUAAUAAAUAUCAAAUCCACGGGUCUCUAGAGUUACUAUUACUCAGCUUCAGUUCAUUAUCUAGCAAACUAGAUUAAGGAUUGAUUAACUAAACUACUCUACUAACUAAACGAAGUAAAACUACUAAUUACAGUUUGGGAACUCACUUAGGUAUGAUUCCCCCUAGAUCCUCAAUUAGGUCCAAGUUGUAAUUCCUUUUGGUUGUUUUACUGUUGAUUAAACUGCGGAAGAUCCA